CCCGGGUCCCUCGAUACCCAGUCCACCCCUGAAAACAAUUAUUAAUAAUUUAGUUAUUUCAAUUGUUCGAGCUAAUUAUUUUUUUCUCCGUGUGCAACACUGAACAUCAGUGAUUAGCAUUAUGUAUAUGCUCAGUAGUAAUAACUGUUAUCGCAGCGCGAACGACGUAAACAUUGGUCUAAGAAUAAUAUACGUAUACAGAUAAUAAACAAGUAGGUAUUGUUAAAAAUUGGAAGCAACGAAUAGACGUCGCUGUGAUCGUUUGCGUCCAUAUUGAUAAAAACAGGUUUUCAUUAAUGAAGCAACUUAUCGUACAAUUAAUUAUAGUUACAGUUAAAAUAUUUUCUAUUGUUGAAAACUUGUUUUUAUAAAUAUGAACGCAAUAAUAAACUGUACAGCUACGUAGUUGCUGCGCCCAAAUAGGCAUUUUGUAUGAUUAACGACAGGAUACCGAGCGUAGCGGCCGUACAAUUUAAAAUCAAUGAUAACACGUACAGAUGAAACAUUAUGUAAAAUAUUUUGUUUGAGGGCCAAUUCGAUGCCUACUGCCGCUGUGGAGCGCUAGUGUCGACAGCCUGCGACGGAAAGUCGUGUUAAAAACGUGUUUUGUUUGCGAAAAAAUUUCAACGGAAAACGAACUCGUCGCACUGCAUGAUCGUUUCGACCACCAAACAAGCACAUCCGUCGCUACUCGUCAAUGCAAACUGUUAGGAUAUACGCACCUGUUUGGUAUAUUGUACAUAACAUUCAUGUGGCUACGACCGGUGUCCCUCUACCGUCGCAUGCAUUCGACACUAACGCUUCAUAGUGGCAGCAGGUAUUGAGUGGGUCGCCAUAUGAUCCCAUUUUGCGCAGUGGCGCGUCCGAAUGUUUUCCACAAAAUCGAUGAUCUACCUAAUCGUCUGAAGCAGUGACAUAACAAUCUAUUUUCAAAAAAUGUCCGGUAAUAAAUGUCAAUACCAUGGUUGUGGUAAGACCAGCAGGAAAUUCCCCGCCAUUCAUUUCUUUCGGUUCCCAAAAGACGAAAGACAUAAAAUUUGGAUCACGAACUCUGGAAGCACAGCUUUAUUUUCUCUUGACCCAAUAAAACUCCAUAACAGAUAUAUUUGCCAAGAGCAUUUUUCUCCAGAAAGUUUUAUGAAUGCCAAUGACAAAAAGAAAUUAGUAUGCACUGCUAUUCCAUAUAAAUACUUUUCAAAAGAAAAUCCAACUACAUCAUCAGGAAUAAUCAAAGAUGAUCCUGAACAAGAAAUGGAAUUAGUUGUCACUACUCCUAUUAUUACAUAUGGACGUUCUAAAUCUGGUAGUGUAGAAUUAAUAUUUCCAAGUCCUUUUUCAAAUAUUCCCACUAAUCAAAAAACUGAAAUGUCAGAUUUAAUUGUAUCACCAACCCCAAAUUUAAAAGAAAAAUCUCAAUCAAUUGAAAUUGAUGGUCCUAAUAAAUUGAAAUUAAAAAAAAAAAUUAAACAGGAAAAUAAGAUAAUUAAUAAUAAAACUACUCAUAUUUCUAAACUAAAACAUAAAAUAAAUAAUUUUAAAAUACAUAAUAAAAUAAAAAAAUUGUUAAAUGCAUAUGAAUUUUCAUCAAUUAAUUCUAAAUCAAUGGCUAUGAUGCAACUGAAAACUAAAUGUCGCACUUGGACAAGAAAUGAAAAAAAUCUAGCUUUGGGUUUAUUUCAUAAAUCACCAUCAGCUUAUAAAUUUUUACUUUUAAAAAAAGUUAAUUUACCAAAACUAUUUACUAUUCGUCAAUGGAUUGAUCAAUCAAAAUUAUUAUCAGUAAAAAAUAUAUAAGCCUUCCCAAUUCGGUCCAUAUAUAAAUAUAUAUAAUAUUUUAUUUUGUAUUAAAUAUAUUUGAAACAUUUUGGAAGAUUAAACAAACGACUUUGAAAGAGAAAAUAGUAUAAAUGUAUACAUAUAAUUUAAAGGGACUCUAAGUUUUCACUACAAUGAUAUUUGAACGAGGACUCUAUGGAGGUCAAAACAGAUGAAAAAUGUAUGAACUCAAAUUCAUAUAGAAAAUUAUAUUACAAUUUAAUAAAAUAUUGUUUUG